AUGUCAGGUCUUGAUAAUGAUGACUGGUAUCGGAGCUUAUCCUCCCUGCUCCCCAACCUUCAACGGUUAUCAUUGUCUAACUGUUCAAUUUCAAGACCUAUGGAUGCAUCCCUUACAAACCUCCAUUCCCUCUCAGAACUCGACCUAGGCUUCAACAAUCUAUCUUCCACGUUACAGGAUCUUCUAGGGAAACUCCCUUCUUUGAGAGUACUUUGGCUCUAUUCUACAGAAUUGUACGAUUUGUCGCAUAACCAUUUCAAUGAUAUACUAGAUGAUGAUGAUGAUGAUCUCUCCCACAACACCAAUUAUAAAUUGUUUGGAAAAAUCCCUACCUCCUCACCCUGUACUGCUGGAACCAAUCUUGAUGUUCUUGAUCUGUCUUAUAACAAAUUGAGCGGUGUGAUUCCCGCCAAGUGUUUUGGUCGUUUGAUUGGCAAUCCAAGUGUCGUAAAUCUAGAGCGGAACAACUUGCAUGGUCCCAUUCCUGAUGCAUACACUAGAGGAGGAUGCAAACUACAAAUGUUCAAACUCAAUGGGAAUCGACUCCAAGGGAAAUUACCAAAAUCACUGGCAAAUUGCACUGAUAUGGAGGAGUUGGAUGUUGGGAAUAACCAGUUAAGUGGGACCUUCCCCUUCUGGUUGCAAAGUCUACCUCAGUUGCGUGUUUUGGUUCUGAGAUCUAACAAAUUCUAUGGUCCCAUUAUUAGGCAACGAUCAAAGGUUGAUGAUGGUUCUGAUCAUCCCUUCCCAAUGCUACAUGUGCUCGACAUCUCUGUAAAUAAUUUUACAGUAAAAUUGCCGCUGGAAUAUAUUUGUCAAUGGAAGUCAAUGGUGGUUACCGAUGUACAUCAACUGGCCGGUUAUGUUUUGUCCAUUUUCCCUAUUAAUAUCAAUGCCAUUCUUCUUCUUCUCUGGUGCAACAACUGCAUGAGCUUAUUGGUGAAUUCACAAUCAAGAGGAGGAUCAUCAAAUGGAAUAGAUCGGCUAGCUUUGUUGGCCUUCAAGGUUCGGAUAACCAAUGAUCCCUUUCAAGUUGUGAGUUCCUGGAAUGACUCUGUUCACUAUUGCAAGUGGCCAGGCGUUACAUGUGGCGGUCGCCGGCAUCCAGACAGGGUCAGAGCCUUGCGUUUACCGUCCAAACGGUUGGUGGGGUCCUUGGCUCCAGAAAUAGGAAAUCUCAGUUUCCUUCGAAAGAUUUCGCUUUACAACAACAACUUCAAUGGUGAAAUCCCUCGUGAAAUUGAGGGGUCAUAUCCCACCUUCCUUUGGAAUCUUUCGUCUCUUGAAAUCAUUUCCGGAGACACAAAUGAUUUAAGUGGAAGUAUUCCAGAUUCCUUUGGCCAAUUAACAAGAUUCAAUUAUCUCUUGCUUGGUGGAAAUAAGUUGUCUGGUACCAUACCUCCCACUAUAUAUAAUCUUUCCUUACUCGGUAAUUUUGAUGUCUCAGCUAAUCAACUCCAAGGGAGUUUUCCACCAAAUUUAGGCUUCACUCUUCCUAAUCUAUGGCGGCUUUCAGUUGCAGAAAACCAGUUUCAUGGAACAAUUCCAAUUUCUCUAUCCAAUUUGUUGGAACUCGAAGAACUUUAUAUAAGUAUAAACAGUCUUACUGGGAAAGUGGCUAUUAAUUUUGGAGGCCUAUCAAAACUCACUCGCCUUUCAUUGGGUACGAAUCAUUUGGGAAAUGGGGAUGUCGAUGACCUGAAUUUUGUCAACACGCUGACCAACUGUAGUAGUUUAGAAUUAUUGGAUUUCAUGGAUAAUCGUUUUGGUGGCGUGCUCCCCAACUCCAUAGCAAACGUAUCAAACCAACUGACACGAUUCUAUGUGUCAUACAAUCAAAUAUCUGGAGAAAUUCCAGUGGGGAUUGGGAACCUUGUAAGGUUACAAGUCUUGGGCCUAUCUGAUAACUUACUAGAAGGAAGUAUUCCGACUUCAAUUGGGAGGCUUCAAAUGCUUCAUAAACUCUUAUCGUAUGGGAACAGAUUCACAGGGCCAAUCCCUUCUUCUCUUGGAAACUUGACAGCAUUGAUUGGCCUCCAUUUAGGAGAUAAUCGUUUGGAAGGAAAAAUACCUUCAAGUCUUGGAAAAUGCAAAUAUUUGUUUGGCUUGAUCCUUUCCGGUAAUCGUUUCAAUGGUAUCAUCCCCAAAGAUAUAUUUCAUCUUUUCACGUUGGUAGAGCUAAACUUGAGUAGAAAUUCUUUCAUUGGUUCUCUACCUUUGGAAGUGGGUGGAUUGACCAAUCUGCAAUCCCUAGAUAUUUCUGAGAACAUGUUGUUUGGGGAUAUACCAAGCACCCUUGGUGCUUGUACAAGCCUAGAGUACCUUUUUAUGGAGGAAAACUCAUUUCAAGGAUCUAUUCCAUCGUCUCUGAGUUUUCUAAGAGGUCUUCAAAUGUUAGAUCUUUCACAUAACAACCUCUCUGGUUUUAUCCCAAAAUAUUUGGGUACAUUUAAGUUUUUACAAAACUUAAAUUUAUCAUUUAAUCAAUUGGAGGGUGAGUUAUCAGUAGAUGGGGUCUUCCAAAAUUCGAGUGCAGUUUCAGUCAUUGGAAACAAUAAGCUUUGUGGUGGUAUACCAAAACUUCAUUUGCGAGCAUGCCAAACUCAAAAGUCAAAAAAAGAGGGAAGGUCUCAUGUUUUCAAGCUGAUCGUCAUCAUAUGUGGUUGUGGGGGCUCAAUGUGUUUGAUUUUUAUGAUAUCUUUUUUUAUUUUCUACAAGAUAAAAAAAGAAAAGAAAGAAUCCACUUUAUUUUCGAUUGAGGGUCGUCACUUUAAGAUCUCUUAUGCCAAACUCCUUAAAGCUAUUGAUGGAUUUUCUUCUACAAAUUUGAUUGGAGUGGGGAGUUUUGGUUCUGUGUAUAAAAGAGUUCUCAAUGAUGGGGAAACUAUUGUUGCAGUAAAGGUCCUCAACAGUAGACAAAGAGGUGCUUUCAAGAGUUUCAUGGUUGAAUGUGAAUCCGUUAGAAACAUCUGGCAUCGUAAUCUUGUAAGAAUCUUAACAUCUUGCUCAAGUAUAGAUUAUGAAGGCAAUGAUUUUAAGGCUCUACUAUAUGAGUUCAUGUCCAAUGGGAAUUUGGAGAGGUGGUUACAUCCACAUACAAAUGGCAUACAAGAUGAACAAAGGCAUUUAAAUCUUGUUCAAAGAUUGAAUAUUGCCAUUGAUAUGGCAACAACAUUGGAUUAUCUUCAUCAUCAUUGUCAUACGCAGAUUGUUCAUUGUGAUCUAAAGCCAAGCAAUAUUCUUCUCGAUGGUAAUUUGACUGCACAUUUGGGUGAUUUUGGGAUAUCAAGAAUUCUUUCAAAAGCCACAAGUAGUUCUCAAAAUCACACAAGCUCAAUCGGAAUAAAGGGGUCUAUUGGAUACAUUGCACCAGGUAAUGUACUUCUUUUAUUGAUCUAGUAUAAUUUUUCCUCUUGUUGAAAAUACUGA